AUGAUAGUAGGUACAAGAGUAAAUCCAUAUUUUUAAAGCAAUAGAAAAGGUGGAAGUGUUAUAAGGUGUGGAAGAUUAGAUAAUAAUAGUAAUUUUUAAACUCCAAAAAUGAUUAUGUAAAACUCUGCUGAAGAUAAAUUGUUGGUAACUUUAAUUACUUAAAAUGUCAGAAUAAAUAACAAGAUGUAAAUCAAAUAAGAUAGAGUCCCUCUUUUAAAUUAAAAAAUACUAGAUUUUUCACACCAGGAAAACAUGAAGAAAUAAGAAAAUAAACAAACAUUUAAGAAACUUAUGCUCGUAAAACUAGAAUCACAGUAUUGGAGUCAUUCUAUCAUUAACUAGGAACUGAUGAUGAAAUAUCAGUUUUAAAAAAUACUUAAUAAGCUAAAAGAAAAUUGAUAAAUAUAAAUCCAACUUCUUAAACAUCCUACAUCUCGAAAAAAACAUAAGAACCAGAAGAAGAAACUAUAGAGGAAGCACAUUUCUAAUUUGUAUUAAUGUAAUAAAAAUAUAAAUAAUGGUUGGAGAAUUUUGAAAAGAAAAGUUAAAAACAACUCUGA